UCAAAACUCUCUUCCGGUGGGACUGUGAAAGUGUGGUGUGGCUCCGUUCUAAUUUCACUAAAAACUAACUAAAAAUGGGCAAACCAAAUUUCGCCGACUUGAAAACCGACAAAGGUUUAAAAGAACUGAACGGGUUUCUGGAGAGCCGCAGCUACAUCGAAGGAUACACCAUUUCUCAAGCAGAUUUAGACGUCUAUGGUAAAUUGCAAAAAGCCCCGGCCGCCAAUUUACCUCACGCUUCACGUUGGUAUAACCACAUUAAAUCUUUCACUCCGGCCGAGCUACAAUCAUUGGGGGUUUCUGGGGCUUGCCCGUUGAAAUCCGCUGCUCCAACCACAGCACCAGCCGAUGAUGAUGACGACGUCGACCUAUUCGCUUCAGAUGAAGAGGAAGACGCAGAAGCCGCACGAGUACGUGAAGAAAGACUGAAGGCCUAUGCUGAAAAGAAAUCCAAGAAACCAGAACUCAUAGCCAAGUCUAGUAUUGUCCUAGACGUGAAGCCAUGGGAUGAUGAAACCGAUAUGAAAGACAUGGAGAAGAACGUGCGCACUAUUGAAAUGGACGGUCUAGUCUGGGGUGCAUCCAAACUCGUCCCAGUGGGUUAUGGAAUCCAUAAAUUACAAAUCAUGUGUGUGGUUGAAGAUGCGAAAGUAUCCGUAGACGAAUUGGUUGAGAAAAUACAGGACUUUGAAGAUUUUGUCCAGUCCGUCGACAUCGCGGCGUUUAAUAAGAUUUAAAUUAAAUUGUAACUUGGUCUGAAUAAAUGCUUUAUUGAGAAAA